GCUAACGCAGGGGCUGCGGUGGGAGCCGGCGCGGACGCCAACACCUGGUGGGGCGCGCGGGCCGCGGCCGCGGCGCCUGCCUCAGCCUUCGAGGGGGCGAAGUGCGAGCAGCGGGGAGGCCAGUCCCGUCGUUACGAGGCCCGGGGAAACAUGCCGUCGCUCCGGAGGAGGAAGGCACCCCGGGGUGGCGGCGCGAGGACAGGCGACCCGUCAGCCCGGACGCCGCCGGCCGAGCGCUUUCCUGUCAGGUGGCGGCCGCCCGGGGAGCGCUUCUCUGAGUCAUGAAGAGACGCCCGAUUCUGACUCCCGCCGCCCACGAAGGUGAUUGCCCACAGUCAGUACCAAAAGUGCAAAAGAAUUUCCAUCUUCCUGAGCAUGCCAGAUGAGAUUGAGACGGAAGAGAUCAUCAAAGACAUUUUCCAACGGGGCAAAACCUGCUUCAUCCCACGGUACCGAUUCCAGAGCAAUCACAUGGAUAUGGUGAAAUUAGCAUCACCUGAGGAAAUUUCUUCACUUCCCAAAACAUCCUGGAAUAUUCAUCAGCCUGGUGAGGAUGAGGAUCGAGAAGAGGCCUUGUCAACAGGCGGACUGGAUCUCAUCUUCAUGCCCGGUCUGGGCUUUGACAAGCAAGGCAACCGCUUGGGGAGGGGCAGGGGCUACUACGACGCCUACCUGAAGCGCUGUGUGCAGCACCAGCACUCGAAACCCUACACCUUGGCCUUGGCUUUCAGCGAGCAGAUUUGUCUCCAGGUCCCCAUGGACGAGAAUGACAUGAAGGUAGAUGAAGUUCUUUACGAAGACCCCUCAGCCCCUUAAGUCCUGAUGCCACAGCCGGACAACGUGUGUGCCCGGAAAACCUUCCACACGACAUGUGUUUGCCCAUUGUCAGAAAUCAGUUGAUCGCAUUCUAAUGGGAAUAUGGACUGCAUUGUUUUUAGUAUCAUUAUAAAAUACCUAACAUAAAACCAUCUUUAAAAAUUAAAAAAGUUUAAAAGACUUGUGAAUAGUAGAAUAUUAAUUAAAAUGGAGGCUAUCACCA